AACAGGAUUGUUCCAUUCGCUCAUCCCAUUACAAUUGUGCAUCCGGUAUGUCCAUGUUUGAGCAUCCAUUCCUUUGCAAAUUCUCCAGCCUCGAUAUGAUAAAAUCUCGAUAUGAUGAAGCCGCAGAAGCAUGAGAAAAGCGGGAAGGGAGAAAAGGUUGGUGUCUUUGAAGUCCCGCUCGGUAUUGGCAGCCCCGGCGAGGGAGAGCCGACCCUUGUCUCAGCUCUUGUUGACACCGGAGCCAUCCAUUCAAUGAUACCGGCGUCUCUACUUUCCCAGCUCCAGGUAGCGCCUCUGGAAAAGUUUAGCUACGCCCUGGCCGAUGGCGGAGAGGUUAAGUAUGACUUCGGCAUGGCGCGCUUGGGCAUAGCGGACUACCCCGAACGCUACUGCCCGGUCAUUUUUGGCCCCGAGGACCAAUAUCUGAUUGGUGCAACUACCCUGGAGUUUUUCAACUUGAUGGUGGAUCCGGUGGAAGGAAAAUUGAUUCGCAGGAUGCACCAGGCCAGACCGGUAUAG